AUGAUUCUAUUAACAUUGAUUGGAUUUGCUUUUGUCAGCUCCGCUUUCUCUCAGUGCUCGUACAGUCGGGAAAACGUGGAAGCGCGAUGGAGGGUAGAAGACGGGAAUGUUGUGAUCGAUUUCGAGAACUCUCAGCUCAACAAUUUGGAAUUUACCGGCAUCGCUUUCGGUGAUUCAAUGUACAAUCUCGAGUUCAUUCUCUUCAAAAUCGCUGAUGGAGAGGCGUCGGUGGUGACAGGUGCUACAAAUGGCUACGGUCCACCAGAAAUCAUCGAUUCAACUCCAUCUGUCAAUGUUGAAUCACUGCGAUAUAAUGAUGGCCAUUUGAAAGCGCGAGUGUCACGCCCGAUUGGAUCAAAUGGACCCCGAAAGGCCAGCCUUGAGGGACAAGUGAAUUGGAAUUUCGUUACGGUCGGUGACAUCGAGGUGGGCGAUCGGGGACGGGGAAUGGAGCAGAUCAUCGCCGCACACAGGAGUCUCCCGGCUAGGAUCUCGGUGGAUCUGAGCAAUUGU